UAUUAUCUUUUUUGUCGUUCUCGCUAUGUUACGUACGGCUAUGUUUCGACUAUCUGAAAAUGAUCCUACAUCUAUAUGGACUCAUUAAUAAUGCACUGUGUCCGGCAAAUGGUAAUUUUCUUUUUAACAGCGACAAAACAAUUUUUAGCGACGCAAAAAAAUGUUGACAAGCUGCAGGCGUUUCCACGCGUUCUUUUGAAAUUUUUAACUUAGUUCGGCACAUUUUGUACCAUUACGAUCUCGUGGGCGUGAGAAAUUUUUUUCCCACAUGCACGCGAUUACAACUCUUCAUUUUAAAUUUUCAGCGGCAGAGGAAAAAAAGAAAAUGAGAGUCGAUGAACUUCGAAUAGUCUCGUUUAUGUGCGCUUGCUAUUAUAGUUUAUUCAUCGAAUCCUUUUGUCAGAUGAAUACGUUCGCACACGAGACGAUAAUAGAGCAUAUGUUCUUCCUCUGGUUGCUGCAAUAUUUACGACGGUGCAAUGUACCUUUCACGUUUCAAGAAUUUCGUCGGAGGCAUGCGUGAUAAUGAUGUUUCGAAAGUGGGGAUGAUAUCGCAUCGGGACCGUGGACAGACCAGUGCCCCUUCAGCCAAAUGCCAUGGACUGUCCAAACAAAUAUAAUGGUCAUAACAUUCACGGAGGGAGAAAUGUUGAUAUUCGAGUAAAAGAUAUUAUUAUACAUCAAGAUUUCAUUAACCGAUCACAAAUAGAUAUAGAAUGGGCAAUCCGUCUGAAUCGCUGCAUAUUGAGAAUCGUCGGUCUUUGGCCGCAGGACAGCAACAACUCACGUGAAACGUUAUUACCAAAACUUCGGUUGCUAUUCAAUGUCAUCACGUUGAUUUUCGUACUGACAAUACCGGCUGUAAUGUCACUGAUAAGGGUAUGGGGCGACAUGAUACUGAUGAUAGAUAAUUUGCAAUAUACUCUACCUUUGUUGAUUACGGUAUUGAAAGUCUCUAUCAUGUGGUGUAAAAAAAAAGCUUUAUCGUCGCUAAUCGACAUGAUCGUGAGGGACUGGAUGAGAGUGAAGGUGAAAGAAGAGCGAAAAAUCAUGUUAAAACGUGCCAGAAACACUCGCGUGCUCGCCUUAUGCGGAGGAGUGAUGAUACUUUUCACAUUGCUGAUCACGAUCCCAGCUUUCUUCGGAUUGACAGUCAGGCAUGUGACAAAUCUUACUAAUCCUGGCAAGCCCUUGCUAAUCCAAGCCUACUACUUGCAUGAUGUAUCCAAGAGCCCGCAAUUCGAGCUGACGUUUUUGGUACAAGCAAUCGCGCUGACCUUAUCCGGUCUCUCUUACACCGGAAUCGACAACUUUCUCGGACUACUGAUCUUACAUAUAUGUGGCCAAAUGGAGAAUCUGCAUCUGCGAUUACUGAAUUUAGGAAAUAAUCCGAAUUUCAAAGCAGCUUUAAAGUUUAACGUCAAAGAUCACAUCCGCUUGAUCAGAUCUAUCGAAGUCGUCGAUAACACAUUCGAUUUAAUGCUGCUUGGUCUGUUAUUCCUCUUUGGCAUACUGUUUUGCCUUCACGGAUUUUUAAUAAUUAACGUUGUUAAUCAGGGGGGUCACUUGUCAUUUAUGCAAUUGACUUCAUAUAUCUUAGCUAGUGUAUGUGUUUUAAUGCACAUGUGUCUUUACUGUGCGGUCGGCGAAUUUCUCGUGACUCAAUCUGAAAAGAUACAUUGUGCCACGUAUGAAUAUAUAUGGUAUAAUCUGGAAGCAAAGGCAGCAAGAAAUAUGUUAAUCAUGCUCCGUGCAAAGAAACCGCUCCACAUUACAGCAGGGAAAAUUUUUCCGAUGACGAUGAUUACAUUUUGCAACUUACUUAAAACAUCAGCAGGCUAUGUAUCCGUGUUACUUGCUAAUCGAGAUUAA